GAAGCAAAGAAUAGUUUUGCUCUAGGCAAGGCCCUUAACAAUCGAAUGGCCGUAUACAAACAGAAGAAGAUGUCCCUCAAGCCCGAUGAUAAAUGCUCGAUUUGCAAGGUUGUCAAGACUGAUCCAGUGUCCGCCCACUGCGGCCACUCGUUCUGCUGGGUGUGCAUCAACGAGUACUUGCUGGCCACUCGUUGCAACAAAAAGCGCAGCUGUCCAGUGUGUGCCGUCGACAUGGAGGCUCAUGUGGCCGGUUACGGAGAAAAACUGAAGACGGAUGAUCGUAUGCUUCGCAAUUAUACCAUGGGGGAUGACAUCAAUGGCGACUGUUUCAUUUGCGUGCGUCCCAAGAAGGAUCCGGUGGCCACACAUUGCGGACACUCGUUUUGCUUGGAGUGCCUCAAGGAUUACUUGUUCUUCAACAAACACACCAAGAUACGUCGCUGCCCCAAGUGCCACGUCAGUAUUGAAUCUGAUUUUGUCGUUAAGAAAUGAUGGCUCAUAGAUAAAUAAAUGUGAAUGCUGGGCCAAGUGCCAUGGAA